AUGGCAGCCGUCAAAGAAGGAGAUUUUGCAGCGAUCCGGGGAGAGGUCCGAAAGAUCUUGAAGCAGCCGGGGUACGAUGAUGGUUCCAUCGGGCCCGUGCUCGUCCGAUUGGCAUGGCAUCAGUCCGGGACGUACUCGGCCAUCGAUUCGAACGGAGGAUCUAACGGAGCUGGUAUGCGAUUCGGAACAGAGAAAAUGGACCCCGCCAAUGCUGGGUUACAUCACGCCAUUACCUACCUCAUGCCUAUCCAGGAAGCGAACCCCUGGAUAACUCACGCGGACUUGUGGACGCUCGCUGGUGUGGAAGCUAUCGAAGCGAUGGGCGGGCCCAAAGUCCCCUGGGAGGCCGGGCGGACGGAUUAUGAGACGGAGGAGGCGGCGACGGACCACCGGGGGGAGAUUGUUAACAGAUUACCGGACGGGUCGAAAGGUGCUGAUCAUAUCCGGGACAUCUUCGGCAGGAUGGGCUUUUCUGACAAGGAGAUUGUAGCCCUGUCUGGCGCACACUCGUUAGGCCGCUGCCACCCGGACCGAUCCGGCUUCGACGGACCAUGGGUCGUCAACCCCACUCGGUUCUCCAACCAAUACUUCAAGCUGUUGAUGACGCAAAAGUGGAAGCCGAGGGAAUGGGAGGGUCCGUUCCAGUAUGAGGCGACGGUGGCUGGUACGAAAUUGAUGAUGCUGCCUACGGAUAUGGCUUUGGUCGAGGAUGAGGAGAUGCGUGUGUGGGUUGAGAAGUACGCGGCGGACAAGGAUCUCUUCUUCAAGGACUUCGCCAUGGCAUUCGGCAAGCUCAUCGAAUUGGGUGUAGAAAGGGAUGACUCUGGGUUCGCCCGGCUGGCAAAGAAGGCAGCCAAGGAGGGCAAGCCGCUCGACAAGACGUCGUUGCCAGGCAAGGGAUGCCCUUUCGCUGGUACAACGGGCAAAGGUCGGAGUGCCAAGCUGUAG